AUGUCGCCGACGCUUAGUUUCAUCGUAAUUUUAUUGAUUUGUGAUCUAUUUUCCGCAUCUCAGGGUUCUCCAAUCGAUGUUUGCUUGGGAGGAGCUAAAUUUUGCCAUCGUGCCCUUCAAAAGCUACGUUGGAUAUGGCCGAAGCCGUGGAAUUGGCCAAGGCCGAAGCCGCCGCCCAAUAAGCCGUCGCCCAAUAAGCCGUCGCCCAAUAAGCCGCCCAAGCCGAAACCUGAUAUGCCUGAUAUAGCUGAUGUACCACCUCCAUCAUACGAGGAAUAC